GGUCAGACAUCAGACACGUUGGAGAGGCAGGGAAUCCUGCAGGCACAGCUCUGGCGUGUUUAGGGGAGAGGCUCUCAGAGGGUGUGAUCUUGCUGGAAUCCCUCCAGCCCUCUGACUCAAACCUGAUCUUCCUCGUAGCAGCAAUUCUGAAAAAAUUAUUGCUACCACUAUUGUUACAUACUUUAAAGUUUCACUUCCUGACUGAGGCUAAAGCACUGUUUUUGAACCAACCCCCUUUUUGUUUUUUUCUGCAUUUGUCUUUUUUUUAUUACCUUUUUUGUUGUCACUGUUGUCACAUCCUGUAAGAACGAAAAAAGAAGAGGAAGGGACAUUGUCAUUUGGAGGAAAUCUUCUUGAGCAGGUCCCUUCUUCCUGGCAGACAGCUUCACCACCUCCCUGUAACGGUUGGGAGGCACAGAUUUCCUUCUGGAUCUCUCCAUGCUCAACUCUUUGCAGCAAAACUUCAAAAAACCUUCUCCUUGAAGUCUGGAAACCGAAAGAGGCUGAAUUCACUGCUGCAGGACCCUAUAAAGGACUGUCGCAGAGCCAGCAUGAGUGAUGAGAAUAAGGAGUGGGCAAUACUGAGCCCAGAGGAGUUCACCCAACUACAGAAGUACAUUGACUUGAUGCUGGGAGAUCCUGGGAAGACUUCACUACAAGACCUGGCUUCCCCUGAGUUUGUCAGAAGCAUAAAUGCUGAUAUGAAACUGUCUUGUUUGCAGACAGCACCAGGAAGGUUAAGGAUGUUCUGAAUCAGUUCUACGGGGAUGACACGUCAGAGGAGGUGUCGAUAGAUUUUGAAGGGUUUAAGGCUUUCAUGAAAACAUACCUGGAUGCAGAUGAUAUCUCACCCGACCUCAGUGAGCGGCUCUUCAUGUCCUUCCAAACAGCUCCCAGUGCCAAUGAACAUGAAGCAGAAAAUCAAACAGAUGGGGCAAAAGUAAAUGGCCGCGUGAGCUUGAAUGAUGUGUCGUGUUAUUUUUCGUUGUUGGAGGGGGGGACAGCAGAAGAUAAACUAGCAUUUACCUUUAAGCUGUAUGAUAAAGACAGUAAUGGACUUCUGGACAGCUCUGAAGUGGAUCGUAUUAUAACACAGAUGAUGCGGGUAGCUGAGUACCUGGACUGGGAUAUCACUGAACUGAAGCCAAUGCUGGAGGAGAUGAUGAAACAAGUGGAUUAUGACGGCAAUGGGACAGUUUCCUAUGAGGAAUGGCUAAAAGGAGGACUCACUACUGUGCCUCUUUUGGUGCUGCUGGGAAUGGAGGCUAAUAUAAAGGACGAUGGGCAACACUUAUGGCGCCUGAAACAUUUUAACCGGCCUGUGUACUGUAACGUGUGCGAAGCUCUGCUGUUUGGUGUUAGGAAACAAGGCUUGUGCUGCACGUUUUGUAAGUUUACUGUGCAUGAACGCUGUGCCCGCAAAGCUCCGGCUUCCUGUAUUAGCACUUAUGCCAAAUCUCGCAAAGACGCCAGUGGACAGACGCAUGUUUGGGUGAGGGGCGGCUGUGAGGCCAACAAGUGUGACAAAUGUCAGAAAAAAAUAAGAAGCUUCCAGAGCCUUACAGGUCAUUGUUGUGUCUGGUGUCACACGAAGGUUCAUGAUGAAUGUAUUAAUUUUAUCCCUAUGCGUUGUGAUGGUGGACUAUUGCGGGACCACAUAUUACCUCCUUCUUCAAUUUAUCCAGUAAUCUUGGAAAGGCAAAACAGCCAAAAGAAUCUUACUGCUCCCCCAGAAGAGAACUCACAGAAUUUCAGCACUCCAGAGGGACAGGCAUUGCGAAUAGUACCAACCCCAGAUACUCAUCCUUUACUUGUGUUUGUCAACCCCAAGAGCGGAGGGAAGCAGGGAGAGAGAGUUUUACGAAAGUUCCAAUAUAUUCUCAAUCCUAGACAAGUAUAUAAUCUGAUAAAUGGAGGGCCAUCUCCAGGGUUAAACUUUUUCCGAGAUGUUCCAGAUUAUCGGGUUCUAGUCUGUGGUGGGGAUGGCACAGUUGGUUGGAUCCUAGAUGCCAUUGACAAAGCUAAUCUCCCUCAAAGGCCUCCUGUAGCAGUGCUGCCCCUGGGUACUGGGAAUGAUCUUGCACGCUGUCUGAGAUGGGGAGGUGGUUAUGAUGGUGAAAAUCUUGGAAAGUUUUUAAAAGAUAUUGAGAGCAGCUCCAUUCUACAGAUGGACAGAUGGAACGUUGAGGUCAUUACCAACAACCCUGAAGAAAAGGGUGAUCCAGUCCCAUAUGAGAUCAUCAAUAACUAUUUCUCCAUUGGAGUGGAUGCUUCCAUUGCUCAUCGAUUCCAUGUUAUGAGAGAAAAAUAUCCUGAGAAAUUUAACAGCAGAAUGAAAAACAAGCUAUGGUAUUUUGAGUUUGCUACAUCAGAGAGUGUUUUUUCUACGUGUAAGAAGUUGAAGGACUAUGUCACGAUUGAGUGCUGUGGCUCCCUACUGGACCUUAGCUCUGUUUCCCUAGAAGGAAUUGCAGUCCUAAACAUUCCCAGCAUGCAUGGUGGAUCCAACCUAUGGGGGGAAACCAGAAAACCUUUGGGGGAGCCUCGCAAUGCGUCCUGCCAAAAUCUUCCCGAGGCCAUCAUUGACCCUGAAGCCUUGAAGUCAUGCGUGCAAGACCUCAGUGAUAAGCGGCUUGAAGUGGUGGGAUUGGAGGGAGCCAUCGAAAUGGGGCAGAUUUAUACUGGACUGAAAACCGCAAGAAAACGUCUAGCAAAGUGUUCAGACAUAAUCAUACGGACAUUGAAGCCACUUCCAAUGCAAAUUGAUGGGGAACCCUGGAUGCAACCGCCCUGCACAAUAAAAAUAACACACAAGAACCAAGCACCAAUGAUGCUGGCUCCUCCUCCACGUUCCUCGAGCUUCUUCUCUCUAAAGUAAAUAAAAGGGUGUCAGCCCAUUUUCCUUUUCCGCUGGAAACCUUGUUUAACACCAAAGGUUACUCCGCGUACAUCAUGAAAGACUGGCAGCAGCCGUACAUCAUUCCUCAAGCAUCUGCAGGUUCUAUUCGUUUCUGAAGUCUCCACAGAUGUUCUCUUGUUCAUCAAGCUAUUGCUUUCCCUGUAUGGAUAUAGCAGGGCUACUGCACAUGCAUAUUUUUCUAGCAAAGUGUCCUUUACUCCACUGCUUGAGAGUCAAAUAACUGAAGCAUCCUUAUGAAUGUUACUCAGGAACCUGCGGUGGUCUACUGAGGUCUACUGAGGUCUACUGUGGUGAAAGAUAAAAAGGUUGCAAAGAAUAGAUUUAAGAAGAUUGGAUUUUAAUUGUUAUAUAAUAUAUACUUACUGUGUACAUUUAAAGGUUCUUAUGAUGCAAUAUAGAAUACAACAUAGUUCUUUAAACUCCUGUAAAACGCUAUAAACUCUGCUACUUUUACACAACUUGAUUAAAGAUAUCUGUCUUGCUGAGCUAAAAUACUUGAAAUGUUAUCCUCCAGACCUGAAAAAGAAAAAAGUGCUAAAGUUGCUAUGCUUGCUUAUACUUUAAAUAUAUUUAGGGUGUGAAAGUCAUUUAAGCAUUGAGGAAGGACUUAGCUUAUCCUUUUGCAUUGGGUUUUAAGCCUUUUCCUGAUUUUCCUGCUCUUUAUAAUGUAAAUAAAUUAGCCCCAAUCUCAGAGCUACGUUUACAAUAUACUAUGUCUUACUAUAAAUCCAGCCAAUCAUUGUAAGAAAGCAAAAUGAUUUCAUCAGAGUUUUUUGAAGACACAUUUUAUCUAGCUCAAGUAUAACACUGUGUGCCGAAUAAUUAUUUUUAAAAGCUUACAAAAAAAAAAUCUGAAUUGUGGUACUAGAAAAAAAUCCCUUCUUAAAGGGAUACUAAACCCAAUUUUUUUCUUUCAUGAUAAAGAUAGAGCAUGAGAUUUUAAGCACCUUUCUAAUUUACUCCUAUUAUCAAUUUUUCUUUGUUCUCAUGCCAUCUUGAUUUGAAAAAGCAGUACUGUAAGCUUUAGAGCCAGAGCAUUUUUUGUUCAGCACAUGGGUAGCACUUGCUGAUUUGUGGCUAAAUGUAGCAAACCAAUCAGCAAGCUCUACCAAGGUGCUGAACUAAAAAAUGGGCCGGCUCCUAACCUUUCAUUACUGCUUUUUUCAAAUCAAGAUAACAUGAGAACAAAGAAAAAUUGAUAAUAGGAGUAAAUUAGAAAGUUGCUUAAAAUUGCAUGCUCUAUCUGAAUCAUGAAAGAAAAAAUGUGGGGUUAGUAUCCCUUUAAUGAUAUAAUAUAAACAUGGGGAAUUAGAUUUUCAAUGCACUGUUUUUAUUUAUUUAUAUUUUUUUAUCAUUUGUGAUUAUGAUUCAGAUAGAUAAUGUUGAUAAAGUUAUGACAGAUUUUACUGACCAAUUUAAAAAAUGUAAACAAUAAAGGUAUUGUCUUUUUAUGGAGUGAAGCAUGAUAGAAUGAUACAAAAUGGCUGUAUAUAUUGUUACUACAUUGGUUUGCAACAGUGUAUUGUUACCCCUCCCUCCCAGGCAGUAGUAAUGUUAGUAUUAAAGAUGUAUAGCACCAAUUGCGCCUUUAAUGCAAUAAUCACAUCUACUAUACAUUAAAAAAAAACAUUCCUUUA